AUGUCUCUAUCCUCAUGCGAUCAGAACUUGAGCAUCGACUCCUCAAGGACUCAAUCACCGACAACCGACUCGACUCAAUUGGAAGGACUCUCGGGUUCAGACUGCUUGUCAAAAUUCCCAAACUUCCAUCUUCUCCCCACAGAACUUCAAUGGGAGAUAUUAUACCAGGCAGCGGCACUAAGUGAACCACGGGUUAUAUCAGUACACUUCAAGAUAUUAGAUGCAUAUGGCCCAUCUCUGUUAUAUCCCAUCCCUGAAGGUAUAGCAUCCACCGAAGCUUUCCUACAAGCUGGUGGAAAAUGGAAGACUAAAGAUGGCGACUUUGUUCUCCUAGCUUUGUACCCACCCUCUCAGUACGACGAGCACAACAUGCAGCCUGGUCCGCCGGCCAAAUUCCAUUUCCGCCCGGAGAAAGAUAUCUUGCGGAUGGAUAGUCUGAGCCUGUUACAGAUAUCUAAGCCUGAAAGCAUCAAGCAUCUCGCGAUACCAGCGCUUCGGAACUCACUUGUCGGUUGGAAAGCAUGGUGGUUUUCGCAGACUCUCGUUUCUCCACCAACUACCAAAUCUAAAGCAUAUUUAUCUUAA